AUGUCUUUGCAUAAGUACUAUUUAUAUUUGCGUACGGACAUUUGGAACGAUAUGGAGAAAAGGAUUAACCCACUUGCCGAGGCCAUGUCUAAUACGGACGCAGCUGUGGACAACUAUUGUACUAGCACUGACGAGAAGAACAAAGAAGCAUGUAGGCAAAUUGUCAGUGGACUGAUGCAUGUAUACAAAACUCAAGGGGAACGAAGCAGUGAAAAGAGUUCAAAGGGAAAUAGUAGAAUAUUCCAUCAAACUAUGAAAUGCGCUUUCCUGAAUGCAUAUGCAGAUAUGUUGGAGAACAAGGAUCCAUGUAAACCACUGAACGGCGUGAAAGAAGCAUUUAAUAAAAGUACAGAGCUCCAUAAACAGUUGUGUCAGGAUGAUACUAAUUGUGUAGAAUGUAUAAGGGAAAAAAAUUUAGGUUGCACAGUAAAAGUGAGAGGAAAUCUAUUGAAUAAUUAUUUUUUCAUUGGUAAAAAAAGAAAACGUUACAAAAGAGCUCCUCAAGUAUCUGGUCCUCCUUCUUUAGAAGAACAACUCCUUGAUCGUGUGGACGACCAGGAUGAUGGUCCACAUGUAUAUACCUUAGUAAAGGAACGCAGACAACCAAGAUCUCUUCCAACGGGAAGAACGAAGAGGCCAAAAAAACGGGUUCCUGGUCUCCGUGCUGGUCGUCGUGGUGUCGGUCACCGCAUGAUUAUUGAUAUUCAUUUAGAAGUCUUAGACGAAUGUCAAAAGGGGGACCUGCAUUCAAGGAAGGAAGACUUUUUUGAAAUUUUGAUUCAAGCGUUUAUGGGAAGCAAUUUUAUAAAGGAGGAAAAUAUUCCUAAGGAAGAUGUUCCUAAGAAGGAGGAUCAAAGUUCAGAUUCCGGGUUUAGUGUUGAUGUUCCAAAGAAGGGAAGUUCCUAA